CGUGACUGGUACGUGUGGGAAUGAACUACUUACUGCCGCCAUCUACCCAAACUUCAUAACAUCACCAGGAUACCCGAGUCAUUACCGCAAUCACUUAACUUGCAGAUGGACCGUGGUACAUGCACACGGUUACUUAUGUAAACCCACAGAGAUAUAUAUUCACGAUUUACAUUUAGAGACCUGCUGCGACCACCUUACGAUAUAUGAUGGUCCAACCGAGUCUGCCCGGAUACUAGUCCGGCUUAGCGGAACCCCGCCGCCACAACUGAUCAAAGCGACAGGAAACAAUACCCUCAUCAAGUUUACGACAGACAGUUCGGCGACAGGUCCAGGCUUUAAGCUGUCCUACAAGCACACCAAGGCUACGCCGUCGCUUUCUAAGAUGGUCACAGUGACAAAAACAGAACUCGUUGUAGAAAUGUAUGUGGAUUUCGUAUCAUGCUUUCCCUACCGGUUAGUGCACUGGAGAAAUGGUGAUAUUUCAAUUCAGCAAGAUGAAAGACACAACCUAACCGUGACCCCCGUCAGGGUCACCAGUGAGUAUCAACCUGAUGUCACGCUUGAAGGGUUCAGAGCCACACUCAGAAUCCAGGACCCAGAAUUACAGGACUUUGGGUUGUACAGGGUGACUGUCGGAAAUUCAGAAGGCAUAAGCGAAAGUUCAGUGUUCCUAGAUAGAGCAACAUCGGUUCCCACUUUUCACAGCUAUAGUUUAUCAUCCCAAGAUGCUACUAUCACGGUGACUUUUUCCUCCGACCCAAACUUUCAGGUUGAAUGGUACAAGAUCCAACGCAUCCUUACCGCUGAGAGUAACGUUGAUAUUACAACACAUCGUGAUGACAAUGCACUAGAAACCGAGGCCACAUACACAACCCUCCUGAAGUAUGGAACCCCCACCGAACCCAACUACGGGAAGUAUAUGUGUGUCCUCAGGAACAAUAAUGGUACAACAGAAGUCUUCAUCGAUAUGGGAUUUCCUGAAACAGAACUUCCUCAUUUGUUGGAGACAGCUGUUCAACAGAGUGAUAAGUUUAUCGUGCUAACAGUGAACUUUGACUCCAACAUUGCAUAUCCAACGGCAACCUGGUACCAUAACAAUGAUCAGUUGGGAACAUCGGAUAAAUAUGCUACAGAAUUGAAAUGGAAAAAUAUAUCCAGUCAGGACUGGCUUCUUUAUCAUUAUCCUCCUGUCCAAAAUUCGACGAAGUUCGAAUCUGUUGUGACCAUGAAUGUUUCAACUAACUUCCGGUACAAGUAUCCGUCCAUUGGUGGGAGUAGAUCUUUUUCGCACCCUAACGCUAACUAUACCGCGGUGUUGGCCAUAUACAACUUGACACAGGAGGACUUUGGUCUGUACAAGGUAGUUUUGGAGAAUGGCGCUGGACUUUCUCGUAAAGUUAUUGAAGUGACUGCACCAGAAGUUUUCUAUAACCACGUGUGUGAUCAAGAGGAUACCGUUCAACUGGUAUGCCACGUCACUUCCUGUUCAUCGGUCAUUCAAUCAUGGAUCCAUUCCAUUAAUGAUAGUGUUAUUAGGACUUUUCAGGGUCAUCAAAAUGAUACCACAAACACAUUAACAAUACCGACAUGCAUGCACGCGGAUGCAGGCACGUACACUUGCGUGGCUACGGAAGAAGAAACCGGACGUGACGUAACGAUUCAUUACAAUACGACAACACUCACAGUCAGAGCUGUCCCUGUCAUACUGGCCAACUAUGGGACUCUACAGAAUGACCGAUUGGAGAUAGAAGUUCCCUUCUAUUCAUUUCCCUCUCACAGUCGCAUCACGUGGCAACGAAACGGGGAAUAUCUGUUGUCAUCCGGAAGUGACAUCAUCAGUGAGGAACCACGUUACCUUGACCUAACAUUUCACGGAAAGGAACUCCAACGGGAAGGAUAUGUAACUAAGAUAAUCAUACUUAGCCCUACAGCUGAAAAGUUUGGAACGUACAAAAUUCAAAUCACAAACGAUGUGGGAACUUCUGAGGUAUUCCUAGAGGUUACAAAUCCAGAUUAUGCCGAACCAGUGAUUUCUUAUGACGUCAUCGUGUCAUAUGAAGGAAAUUCUGCUCUCUUAAAUUUGACCUUCACCUCCUACUACCCUUACCUCAGUGUGAAGUGGUUCUUCAGAGGCGAGGAGGUACAGAAAAACCACCCAGCCAACAAGUUCUUAAUCCAGACUGACCCCUCAAGAAACGAAACUGACCCACGUCCUGCAGUGCGAAUAACUGAUAUGAAGUCUUCUAUCCUGACCGUCAUGAGCGUAACAGAAGAGGAUUGUGGGAAAUAUCAAGCUAUGGUUUCAAACGAGGCUGGUCAGGCGGUAAUACCUGUGACUUUACAUAAACAGGAAUACGAUAUUCCUACUGUGGUCGGGAAAUUGGGUACGAAUAAAGAAGACACAACUACGGAAAUAUUUGCUUCCUUCUAUUCUUAUCCAAGCUACAGAGACAUCAGGUGGUUUAAAGAAGGCACAGAGAUAUCCUGGGAUUCGUCAAAAUACCGCAUCGCUAACGAGGAUAUCGACAUUGAGAUCUCGUCCAAUGGAGAAACUAUCGUGAGAACAGGAACCCAAACGAGGCUGAAUAUGACAUCAUUAAACAACAAUGAAUAUGGACUUUAUACCGUACAGAUAUACAAUGAUGUUGGCAUGACGGAGCGAUCGAUAACACUGGAUGAAUGUACAUGACGGAGUUCAGGGACAUCAACCUUCGACAAACCACCGCCUAUAUAAGAACUUUUGAAUAUAUCAGGAACCGUCGGCACUUUCCUUAAAUGUGAACUUAGUCGACCGCACGCUUGUAAUAAUCUGUUUAUCUUUCAUGCAAUGCAUUAGUCAGGGAAAAUAUACCAUGUGUUAUGAAAAUGAUCCGAAUUAACGUUGGAAAAGUAACUGUUAAUAUGGAGACGUCGAUAAGGACUUAUACCCCUGCUUGUAUCAAGAUAAUGUGGACUUUUUUGAAAUUUGCAAAAUAUCCACUCAAUACAAAAUGUAUGUUUAAUCUUAACGGAUCUCCGCCCCACUGCCAAAAACUGUAACAAAGAAUUGAAAAGUAUUUCUUCCGGCAGACUUUAGCUUUGAUAAAUCAUUUCUGAAACGAAACUAUACCGUGUUGAGCUUUGAUGAGAAAUUAUAAAGAUGGAAUAAACAUUGUAAUCAACAUGAGUGUUCUGAGAGUAAAAAAUGAAAGGGACAGGACCGUGAUUCGAACCCUGAACUUCAGAUUGUUAUACUCUCGCUCUAAUCGAAUGAGCUAUCUGGUCAACGGAAUUAUCCUCGACCUAAUGUGCUGCAAUUUUAUCCAAAUAGAAGUUAACCGGAGGUUAUUGUAUAAAGGGAAAAACGAGGUACAGUGGGACAAGGAUUCUUAAAUGUGAACCUGGUUUUUAAGAGCAUAUGGACACAUGAUUUGUGUUGGGUCAAUGCAUUGAUUCGAAACCCGGACGUCAAAUUAAUAUACAAUCGCACUAACUAAUUGAGCUACCUUGUCAUUGGAGAAGUGUUCUGCCCAAACUUGUUUACAGUUACAUCUAAACUGAAGUUAAGGGGAGGUAACUGUAUAAAGAAAAAAACGCAAAGUGCAGUGGGGAUCCUUAAGGUAUCUUGGAAUGUUUCUAAAAAUGUAGUGUUAGAAAGUAGAUUACGUCUUUGAAUAUGAUAACGAGGACAUAUAAAAAAGAAACACGGGCAGAAUUAACAAAUUUAAACCGAGGUUGAACUGGGACAGCGAUCGCCGACCCUUAAUGGGACGGAAGGAAGAAAGAGACGCCUCUCAAAGAAACAGCUGUAAGCCGAGACCUCUCGAAGGAGUGAGAGGACAAUAAUUCAUUAUAUCAUAUUUCGUUUCACCAAAAAGCGUUCAAUAUAUGUCAUUGUUAUAUAUAUGUAUAUAUGAAGUGUCAUUCUACCAUAUAUCAAUAGAUCUUACUUCGAAAAAUAUGUAACGAUAUGUGUUAUAUGUAUAAUAAUUGAUAUUACCCCUUAAUAAAAAUUACAUGCUUUAAC